AAAUAUUCAUAGCGACAAUAGACGAUCAAACUUAUCGACGAACUGCUAAUACGCAAGCUGCUGGCUUCGACGCGAAUAAUACACUCGAGUGAAGUCGCGGUGAAGAACCGCGCAUAGAAGGCCGAGAAAGAUUAACGUUAGACUGAUUUUGCUAGCUAAAUAAUAAGAGAACGUUGUGUAAUAAUACGGCUGAUAUUACGAGGAAAACAACCGGAAGAGACGAGCAAAGCGAACAAAAUUGCUAACGACUGUGUUAUCAAGCACAAUCUCCAAUCCGUAUCGUAUUGUUCCGUGAUUACUCGUGUCAUGAAGCAUAUGGACACCAUGCUUACAAAAUGCGGCGUAUUUCCGCCAUCGCUUGCCAACCAAAGAAAAGAUCAGAUGGAGCGCGAAAUGGGUGUACCGUUUUGGUCCAACGUCGGUCAGGUUGCAUACCUUGCUAUGGAUCCCAUUAUGUCCAUCCAAAAUUCACAGAUUACAUAUAGUAACUUCGGAUUUUUCGGACCGGAAAAUAUUGAGGAAGACAAUAUCAUACUGCAGCGUCAACAUAACUUAUUGUUCGUGUACAAUACGGAGACUAUGUGCGUACAAACAAACUUGAAUUUAUCGAUAAAGGUACAGAAAUGGGACACAACUUCGAUAUUGUUGCAAAGUCCUGCGAUGUCUAUAAUCUUAAAUUUGAGAGAAACACAAAUGAAUCCUGAAAUCGAAUGUUGUACAUCAUUCUACAACAAAUUUAUAGUUAAAGUGAAGGGUCAAGAUUGCGGCGAUAAAGCGGUCUGGUGGUUGUACAAGCUGUGCAAUAAACCCAGCUUAAGAUUGGCACUGACUGCUCAUACGUCCACAUUGGCGCGAGAAACCUUCUGGAACAGCGUGAGGAAAGCGUACGAAGAGCAAAAGAAUGACAAGCUCAUCAUGUUACCAUUCUCAGAUGUACCGAUUUACAAAUUGUUUGCGCAAAAGUCGUUGACAGAGUUGCGUCAUUUCACGUCAUUAGAUACGGAUUUAAUGAUAUGUAAACCGAACAUCAUAAUAAAGACAUGGCACUCGUAUGAAGAGCACGAAUGGGAAUGGAUCAAGAUCGGCAAUGCGAUCGUCAGGAAUAUCAAGCCGUGGCAAUGCUUCAAGUCCAAAAUCUGCCCGGAAAACCUGCCCGUGGAAAUGAGAUUGCAGCUGCUGUCAAUAUAUUGCGAACUGUAUCAGCCGGGUGCAGUGAACAUAGGCGAUAAAGUGUGGAUCCAUUUACCGCGUUCGCGCCUAUGACAACGAUAAGAAAA